GCGCCGCCGGCCUCACUCGGUCCCGGCGACGCCUUCCGGAGGGUAGCGGCCUCUAGCCCGAGCAGCAGGAGCAGUCCCCGCCGGACAACGUGCGAGCCAUGGGGCUGGCGGAUGCGUCGGGACCGAGGGACACGCAGGCACUGCUGUCUGCAACACAAGCAAUGGAGCUGCGGAGGCGAGACUACCACAUGGAACGGCCCCUGCUGAACCAGGAGCAUUUGGAGGAGCUGGGGCGCUGGGGCUCAGCACCUAGGACCCGCCAGUGGCGGACCUGGUUGCAGUGCUCCCAUGCUCGGGCCCGUGCCCUUCUGCUCCAACACCUCCCGGUUUUGGUCUGGUUACCCCGGUAUCCUGUGCGUGACUGGCUCCUAGGUGACCUUUUAUCUGGCAUGAGUGUGGCCAUCAUGCAGCUUCCACAGGGCUUGGCCUAUGCCCUCCUGGCUGGAUUGCCCCCCGUGUUCGGCCUCUAUAGCUCCUUCUACCCUGUCUUCGUCUACUUCCUGUUUGGCACUUCCCGGCACAUCUCCGUGGAGCCUCUGUGUCCCUGGACCAGUAGACACAGGGACCUUUGCUGUCAUGUCUGUGAUGGUGGGCAGUGUGACAGAAUCCCUGGCCCCGCAGACCUUGAACGACUCCCCUGUCAAUGAGACAACCAGAGACGCUAACCCGGUGCAGGUGGCUUCCACACUCAGUGUCCUGGUCGGCCUCUUCCAGGUGGGGCUGGGCCUGAUCCACUUCGGCUUCCUGGUCACCUACCUGUCAGAGCCUCUUGUCCGAGGCUAUACCACAGCUGCAGCUGUGCAGGUCUUCGUCUCACAGCUCAAGUAUGUGUUUGGCCUCCAUCUGAGCAGCCACUCUGGGCCACUGUCCCUCAUCUAUACAGUGCUGGAGGUCUGCCGGAAGCUGCCCCAGAGCAAGGUUGGCACGGUGGUCACUGCAGCCGUGGCUGGGGUUGUGCUCGUGGUGGUGAAGCUGUUGAAUGACAAGCUGCAGCGGCAGCUGCCCAUGCCGAUACCCGGGGAGCUGCUCAUGCUCAUCGGGGCCACAGGCAUCUCCUAUGGCAUUGGUCUGAGGGACGGAUCUGAGGUAGAUGUCGUGGGCAACAUCUCUGCAGGGCUGGUGCCCCCAGUGGCCCCCAACACCCAGCUGUUCUCCAAGCUCGUGGGCAGCGCCUUCACCAUCGCUGUGGUUGGGUUCGCCAUUGCCAUCUCGCUGGGGAAGAUCUUCGCCCUGAGGCAUGGCUACCGGGUGGACAGCAACCAGGAGCUGGUGGCCCUGGGCCUCAGUAACCUCAUUGGAGGCAUCUUCCAGUGCUUCCCCGUGAGUUGCUCUAUGUCUCGGAGCCUGGUACAGGAGAGCACCGGGGGCAACUCGCAGGUUGCUGGAGCCAUCUCUUCCCUUUUCAUCCUCCUCAUCAUUGUCAAACUUGGGGAAUUCUUCCGUGACCUGCCCAAGGCGGUCCUGGCGGCCAUCGUCAUUGUGAACCUGAAGGGCAUGCUGCGGCAGCUCAGCGACGUGUGCUCCCUCUGGAAAGCCAAUCGGGCGGAUCUGCUCAUCUGGCUGGUGACCUUCGCAGCCACCAUCCUGCUGAACAUGGACCUUGGCCUGAUGGUUGCGGUCGUCUUCUCCCUGCUGCUUGUGGUGGUCCGGACACAGAUGCCCCACUACUCUAUCCUGGGGCAGGUGCCAGACACGGAUAUUUACAGAGAUGUGGCAGAGUACUCAGAGGCCAAGGAAGUCCCGGGGGUGAAGGUCUUCCGCUCCUCGGCCACCGUGUACUUUGCCAACGCUGACUUCUACAGUGAUGCGCUGAAGCAGAGGUGCGGUGUGGAUGUCGACUUCCUCAUCUCCCGGAAGAAGAAACUGCUCAAGAAGCGGGAGCAGCUGAAGCUGAAGCAACUGCAGAAAGAGGAGAAGCUUCAGAAACAGGCUGCCUCCUCCAAGGGCGCUUCAGUUUCCAUUAAUGUCAACACCAGCCUUGAAGACAUGAGGAGCAACAACGUUGAGGACUGCAAGGUGGGCCCAGGAGAUAAGAUGGAAGAUGCAACAGCCAAUGGUCAAGAAGACUCCAAGGCCCCAGAUGGGUCCACACUGAAGGCCCUGGGCCUGCCUCAGCCAGACUUCCACAGCCUCAUCCUGGACCUGGGUGCCCUCUCCUUUGUGGACACUGUGUGCCUCAAGAGCCUGAAGAAUAUUUUCCAUGACUUCCGGGAGAUCGAGGUAGAGGUGUACAUGGCAGCCUGCCACAGCCCUGUGGUCAGCCAGCUUGAGGCCGGGCACUUCUUCGAUGCAUCCAUCACCAAGAAGCAUCUCUUUGCUUCUGUCCAUGAUGCUGUCACCUUUGCCCUCCAACACCCGAGGCCUGUCCCCGACAGCCCUGUUUCGGUCACCAGACUCUGAACAUGCCGCAUCCUGCCCGAGACUGCACCUCUGCAGGUUGUGACAGGGCACCCUUGAGAAGCCCCUCAACCCUGGGCCGCCUCCAGGUGCUACCCAGGAGUCCCCUCCAUGUACACACACACAACUCAGGGAAGGAGGUCCUGGGACUCCAAGUUCAGUGCUCCAGGUCUGGGACAGGGCCUGCAGUCAGGCUGGCAGUGGCCGGGUACGGGGAGGGAACUGGUGCAUAUUUAGACUCAGGAAUAAAGAUUUGUCUGCUCAA